AUGGAACGCGAUGAUUCAAUAACUGCAGAGUUGCGACAUACAAUUGCGGAAAAUGUAUGGACAACCACAUGUAAUGGUGGAGAACCAUCGUAUCUUUCAGAGGUCGAAUUACUUGAUUUUUAUGGUGAAAUCAAUCAAAGAGCAAAAGGUCUUGCAUGUGAAAAGGUAAUCGAAGCUUAUCAGAUUGCCUACGAAUUACUGGAGUAUAGAUACAGCAGAGCUUUAUAUCUAGCUGGCCUUGUUCAUCCAGACGAAUUUCCAACAAGAGGAAAAAGAAUUGUUUACUUCGCUAGAAGUAUAUCUCCCCUCAAGAUCAUGGUUAAACAGAGUUUGCUCUGA